AUUUUGCAUUUGCCGCCAUCGGAAGCUCGUAAUCAUUCCAGUGCAAAAUCGUUUCAUAAAACCACAAAAAUGAUUCGAAUUUCGGCUCUGAACGAGGAAGAAUCGGACGAAGAUAGUAACGGAUUCGAUACCGAGCUAAUCGUCACGAAAGAAGCUGAGGAAACCAUCGCCAUCUCGGAAUAUGUGCGUGCGCUACAGAUGAAAAACGAGAACAAACAGCAAGCUGCGCUGGAACUGCUACUGGAACUGUUGGAUACUCAAGUCAUAAAUGAUGUCUCAUCUACCCAGGCGGACAAUAAAUUGUUCGCGGUUAAGUACAACUGUUAUCGGAACAUUGGACUGAUCUACGAAGAACAGGGUAAAGAACAUCUGGCUAUCGAAUUUCUUAUGAAGGCAAUGGAUCUCGACGAAACGGACGUAUACACCAUGUCCCGUUUGGCACACAUAGCCCUCAAGACGGACCAUCUACAAAUAUCGAAAAUGUACUUCGAAAAGUGUCUUAAACGCAAUCCAAACCAUUGGCCUAGCAUGGAAGGAUUGCUGCGGGUAUUUUGUAGCGCUUCGAACGUGGUGGAAGCCUAUGGAUGGGCUAGUCAAUGUCACCGAAAGGAUAGCCGCAACAAACUGUACGUUGAUGUGCUAAGAGCAAUCCGGAAACGGUUUAAAUCUACCCUACCAUAUCUGGACACCGUAUUCCUCGUGCCACCAUCGUUCGAUUUUACCGAGGAAGAGAAGCAUCGACCACUGGCCCUUGCAAUGGAGACUUUUGAUGAACUGUUCAUGCCGCGUCAGCCAGCGUAUGAUACUUCGGACCUUACCGUAAUGCCGGACACGUUGAAAAAUGUGAUGAAAAUAGAUGAUCUUAGUUUCGAAACGAUCGGCAAUGUGUUGGUACAGCUGAACCAACUCAUGGAGGAGUUAGAUUUGAAAUGCGUAUUCAUGGUGGACACGGAUGAACUGUUCUGUGAGCACCAGAAGGAGAAACCGGAGAAACAGAUGGAAGAAGAUGUCCAGAUGUCACCGGACUCAACGGAAUGUGCCGCAGAUACAUCCACGGCGAAAGAUGACAAUCGAAUGGAAACGGAAGAGGAGGAAACGUGUGGGGAAGAAGUAAGCGAUGGUGCUGCAGCGAAUAAGUGUAAUGAAGAAACUAAUGGCAAUGCUGCUGAUAGUGCUGAUUCUGGAGCUGAUGCUAACGAGCAGGCCAAAAACAAGGCUCGCCGGAGAGGUUCCGAAUUGAAGAUUCUCGAGCAAUGGGGUUGGCAUAAAAAUCGACGAUCGGCGCGUAAGAAGAGCGUACAGGAAGUGAACGAUCCGGUCGAUGCAACGGUGGAUUCGUUCCUCAAGCAAGCGGUUAAACAGCAUCUUUCAGAGAAUACCCGCUUCAAAGAUUCUCCUUUUGCAAUGGAUGAACGUAAAGAGCCACAUGGCGAACAAGUUGACCAAGUACGAACAACCGACUGUUCCGAAGGAUCGGUGCAACCAAUUAUCACACAACUGGAUUUUUGUCGUGAAUGCAAUCUGCAUAACUUUGUCGCUGAAAUGAAGGAAAGCGAUAUUGAUGUGUACGCGCUGAUGUAUGGCUUUCUGGCUCAUGUCUCAAAAUCUUGGGGCGUUGCGAUAAAACCAGAACUGCGCACAUUAUACUUGGCAGUGCAUUCGCACUUCGUGCAGUACACCGAUUACGACUCGUGGAACCAACUGUCAGAGGAACGGCUUGAAGUGAUAUUUCAAAUCACAUUGUUUCAUCUCGAGCUAAAGCUGGAUGCAGGUUUGGCACGGGGCAAUGAACAAACGGAAAGUAUGUUCGAUCGAUUCGAUGAAGAAGUUUUCCAUCGCUGCCGCUUCUAUGUGGACAGUUUACCCAAUCUACAGACAGUUACGGUGUAUCGCAUUCGUUUGCUGUGGAUUGCUUACAUUCUGGACUGUAGCAUGCAAAAGUACGACGAAGCGUUGAACAAUCUUUAUUUGAUUUCAGAGCUUGUGGAAGCCCCGGAUACGGUACGUAUAGAGUUAAGCUUUCCAAAUCAGUGUGCAAACACGAGCAUCAGUGGAAGCUCUGUGCGCGAACUCAUCGGUGAAACGGAACGCAAGUUACGCAUUGAGCGUGUUAAGCGCCACUACGACACUGGUGAACAUGAGCCAGUGGUCGCAAUUUUGAAAGAUACAUUACAGUACUACACAUCCGUAGGAAAUCCUAACGAAUCGAUACUCAGUCUCACAAUACAGACGCAAAUGUUACUGGAAUCGUUGUGGAGCCUGGCCGAAAUGGAGGAAUGUUUUAUAUGGUCGGAAAAAUCCUUCACCUACUCCGUCCAACAGUUCAUGACCGCACCGGUACAGCACGAUAGCCGAAAGUCUCGAAUGUGGGCGAACAAUAUCAACUUUGCGCUGCUCUACAUUGAAUCAAUUAUCAAACAAGAAGGAGUAGCAAUAAUCGAUAUGCUUGGCACAAAUCUAUCAAGAUUCAUUCAGUCGUUACACCGUAUGCUCACACAUCAGCUGGAUCCUAGCGGGGAGAAAAAUUAUACUGCCCAGCUUUGCCUUAUCGAAUGUUGGAGGGCUUGGAUCGUACUGUACUACAUUUUGGAGCGGCAAGAUGAUAUGGAUGGUUUGGUUAAGCUGAACCGUACGCCAGCUAUUGCCGAUCAAAGUGGGGCAUUGGAAGUGGAACCAGAACGUCUAUGCAAUUCGAUUAUGAUGUGCUUCGUUGCACACGAGCUAUUAGGAAAGAAAAAUUGGUGCUCGAAAGGAGACAGCGGCUUACUGUUCCACACUCUCGAUGUCGUUGUGCCGAAGAUACGUUCCCCAAUGUUGGAACCGUUUCGCGAAAUUCUGAAUGAAUAUCUGGAACAGGUGACGUACUGUUUGUACGGAUAUCCACAGAAAAGACCCCGUCUUCGGCACAUACAGGACCACUGUGCCGUACAAGUGUCGCUCACCUGGGAACGAGCCAUUCAACUGUUCGAUCUCUACCGUCCGGACAGUCUGCCCGAGUUUAACUCGUACAAAUUGGAAUCGAUUUCAACCGACAUGGAGGCACUGCUGCAGCGUAUUAUACUGCUCGUUCCGUGUGAAAUCAACAUGAUGAAACUCUCCCGACCCAUCUCUGAGUUUAUCGAUGGCAAGGGCAACAGUUUACCCGAGGCGGCAAACAUACUGCAGAGUGAAGUGAAACCAAUUUUCUAUCUGCUGGCUGAUUUCUACUUUAAAAGUCGCGAUUUUACCCGCGCGAUCAGGUACUACGUGAUGGAUCUGGCACUGGAACCUUCGCGGUUUGACUCGUGGGCAGGAAUAUCACUAUCAAAAGCUAGCAAAGUAGAAACGAAGCUUAAUUCGACCGAAACAAUAGCAUUGCAAGAAUUUCUGGACGAAACUGACAAUGGUAUGAAGUGUUUCGAUCAGUGUCUGCAGCUCAAUGAAGAAGAUUCGCAGCUCUGGAUCGAAUACGGUUCCUUCGCGUACAACAUUCAUUCAUUCUGUUCGCGCAGCUUAAAGCUGCUUAGCGAUACACUGUCGAUGGAAAGCUUCGCUUUGGUCGAAACGCAUAAGGAGCGUUGUCUGGACAUAGCAUUUACGUGCUUCAACAAAGUGAGUCUCAUUAAACUGUGCUACAACAAUGCAGCGGACGACGUGAUCGAUGAGCAGCAGAUACAAUCUAACCAAGAGAACGGUCACAACCAUGAGGACGAAGUUUGGCUCCAUCACUAUAUGCUUGGGAAGAUAGCGGAAAAAAAGAAGGAACAUCCGGCCGUUUAUCUGACCCACUACCUAAAGUCAGCCAAAUAUCUGUACGAAUGCAACGCAACCUAUCCGAUCAAGAUCAAUCACAGCAGUCCCUCGCAGCUCGCGAUCGAGGCGUUGGAAAUAUUCUAUCGUAUUAAUGCGGCGAUUAUCAAGUAUGUGGAGCAGCACUCGCCGAUAAAUAAGAAAACGUCGCGGUUGUUUUUGCGUACGCUAAAGGAAUUAUCCACCAGCCCGUUUGCAGUGAAUCGGGCAAAAAUUAAUGAAAAUAUGCUCAAGCGAAAGAUCUCACCGAAUGGUGGAAACGGCAACGCAGGAGGUACGGUAGAAAUUGAUAUUUCCGUUGGUUCUCCAAAGGUUUCCAAACCUGGCGAUCAAACUGCGACGGAGAGUGUCAUCGUGACACCAUCGGAUGCGGUUGUUACUUUGGAAGAGAACAAAGCACAAGAACAACCAGAAUCGACAGCGACGGUUCCGCUAAACAGCCCUCACCCACCAGAAUCCAAACCGGUGGCGAGUGAAACACAACCGGUCGAUGAUGUAAACGUUCCAUCUCCGGUAUCUGGCUCCAGCCAGAUGCCUGGCCGUGUGCUAGAACAUCUACGGGUGGAGGAAAUUAAGCAGCUAGGUGAUCCUCAGCACCCGUCUGUAAGGCGCGGAUCACAGGAAAGCGCAAUUACGUCCACCACAACAACCACAACGACGACCACCAGCACCUCCUCGUCGAGCAGUGAUUCGUCCGACAGUGAUACGGAUUCGUCUUCCGACUCGGACAGUGACAGUAGCUCAACGGAUGAUGAACUAAUUAAUCAACAACCGAUCAGUUCAGCGCAAAGGGACACCAUAUUUAAGCUGUGCAUCAAGAACCUGGAGGAGUGCAUAACACGCUUCCCGGAACACUACAAAUCGAUGUAUCGUCUCAUACAUCACUUCAUGCAUGCGCCCGGUUCAACAAAGUCCUUCGAAAGCGCGCGUCAACUACUGCUCGGCACGUAUCGUACCACUCUCGGCAAUCAAAUUCCAGGACUGUUCACGGAACGGAAGACGACCAAUUUCUUCAAUGGUUUAUGGAGAAUUCCUGCUUCGGAUAUUGAUCGUCCAGGGAAUUUUGCCUCUCACAUCUCCAAGUGCGUUAUCGUGCUGAUGGAAACGUUGAAAGAAUUUUCCGAGCACGAUAUCCUGCUAGAGUUGGCACUACAGCUACAACGAACUCCGGAACCAGACAAGAAAUAUUUGAACGAUUACGAGCGCAAAGAGCUGGUCCAGCAAGCGAUACUGUUCUGUGUACAGGUGUACCGGAGCAUGUUGAAAAAAUACACCGAUGGGCGCAACGACACCGAGCUGCUUUCGCUGAUGGUCGACAUGUACAAGGCGUAUCGCAAAAUCAUCAAACACAUGCAGGCCAAGGAGCCGAUGUUUGCCACGGUACUGAUCGACGCGUACCGGGUGUUCGUUAGCGACAAGGUACAGAAAUUGCCGGAAAAUGUCAGCUUGCUCGAUUUAGCCGUCAAGUUGUGCACGUACGAGAUGAACUACCGCAAAACGCAGGAAAAGCAGCAACAGGCCAACGGAUCGGCCGGAACCGGAACAGGUGGUUCGGCAGCAACGGGCAAUGGCGGUAAUGGUUCAAAACCGAUGCUAACCAGUGGUGAACUUCCGGCCACGAUGAUCGUUCCGAUGCAACCAAUAUCAGCGAACUUCAUUCCGGGACUGACGAAACAAAAUCGACGAUUGGGUGUAAUGAAGGCGGGCAUCGCGUCUGCAUCAUCAAGCACCAGUACGUCCACGACUGGCACACACGAAACGUCGAUCGUACAACAGCAUGCCUAUCAGGUGCCACAUCCAUUCGCGCAAACCACAAUGAACAGCAUGAUGACGGACCUUUCGUCGCGCGUCACCAUUACGCCAAUUAGGCUCGAUGGUACCUCAUCAGCAAUGAGCGGUGCGAACAGUUCUAAAGUCACCGCGUCCACUCCGAUGUCUUCUUCCACGACCGUACCGAACACAGCAACAAAAUCGUUGCCGUAUUCUUCACCUUCCACGAACGAGCUGCUGUUGCCACUGGCAUCCGGUCCAGCGAUGCCAUUGCCACCGGUUACACCACCAACGCAAAUGUCCACCGGUUCGGUAGCUGGCGGUGCGGUGAUCCCUCCCAGUUUAAUUCAACACUACCUGAAGCUACUCAGCCAAAUUCCAAACAUGCCAAAUAUCGGCAAUAAUCCCAUGAUGACGGCCGCUUUGGCUGAUUAUUUAGCUGCGUUACAAAUGCCAAAACAGAGCGCUGCGCUUUCCCCCAGCACGGAUCGUAGCACUUCCACACCUUCCCCUCUGUCGGGCAUGUCCCUGGGCUUACCGAAAGGCAUGGCUAGUACGAGUGGGAAAGAAUACAACCCAGCCAGCAGCCAGCAACCGACUAACACUCACGUGUCGGGAGGUAAAAAAGCUUCCACAGCAAAAGCACCGCCCAGCAGCACUAUCACUUCCAUGAACGUUGAACAACACCAGCAGCUCGCCACAAUUACACUUACGCCGAUGUCCACACUGACCGGUGCAUCUUUAAUGCCGACCAAGAAAGACUCACGCGUAUCCUCACCAUUCGGUGGCACUUCGCAGCGUGUUUCGUCCCCUUCACCCAUUCUCACCAUUACUCCCUCCGAUGGGCCGAUUCAUGCACGGAACAAAGACCCACCGGGAGGACGCAAAGCGAAGGGUGGUAGAAAGGCGGGCACCACAGGACAGCAGACUCGCCCAGCACCGUACAGCAGACCUUCCAUACCUACGCAUCCACCCACGAUACCACAGCUCGGUGUACCUGGACUAUCGAUCGAGCCCGUGAUGAGUCCGCUCAUGCAGCCCAUGGGUGGUAAAUCUUCCGCCUCAUCCGCUAACACCGGUCGGGUGGAUAAAUCUCUCCCCGUGGGCAUGUUCGAUCCAGCCGUACCGAAGGAUAUGUUAGCGUCCUACAUGGAGCUGCUGCAUAAGUACCCCAACAUGGCACGUUCGCUGUUGAGCAUGAAGGGUGCCGGUGCGUCAACAGCACCGCAAACGGGUGGCAGAAAGCAACAGGCAAAGCAGUCAAACAAAACAUCCACAAUGGCCAUGCAGGCAGCUAUGGGCAAUAUGCCACCAACCGGUGCGGUAGGAGCAAAUCGGUUCGCUUCAAGCGCUACCGGCAUACCAAGAAUUAGUGCGACGAUAACUCCGGUGCCGUCUGGUGGAUAUUCACCCGACAAUUACAACAGGCAAUCGGCGAUGGUUGGUGGUGGUGGAAGCACUAGUUCCUCCUCCACGCUGUCUUUACAUCCGAUGGGUGUCGGAUCCAAUCAGCAACAAGCAAAAACCUUGCAGCAAAAGCUGGCCGAACGCCAGAAAGCGAAUAAGGCACGUGAAACCGAAAGCGCUGGAGGAUCGAAUCAGGGAUCGUCCAGCAGCAAACCGAAACCACCCGAUGAUCCGGUCGAUGUAAUUGUGCUGGAAUGA